UUUUUACGGGUUACAUUUAAUGAAUUAAUAAAUGUGGCGGAUGAAAGGCGAUUGCCUGCGGCAGAAAUGCGAAUGUUGCGAUGGAUGUGUGGAGUAACGAGAAUGGAUAGAAUACGGAAUGAAUAUGUUAGAGGAAGUCUGAAAGUGGCACCUGUGACAGAGAAGCUGAGGAGUACGCGUUUGGGAUAGUAUGGACAUGUGAUGAGACGCAAUGAAAAUGAGGUUGGUAAGAGAGUGUUAACUAUGAAUGUGGAAGGAUAUAGAGGAAGAGGUAGACCUAAGAAGAAAUGGAUGGAUUGUGUGAAAGAUGAUUUGGGUAAGAGGGGUGUGAGCGAAGAAAUGGUAUAUGAUAGAAGAGUAUGGAAGGAGAAAACAUGUUGCGCCGACCCAGGUGACUGGGAGAAGGGCAGGAUAAUGAUGAAUGAUUUAAUGAAUUAAUAAAACUUAUUUAUCGUCUUAAACCGAAAGUUAAGUCGAAAACGUUAAACGAAGUUCGGUAAUGCAGAGAGUUAUCUGUAUUUUUUUGCUCUCAAUAUCAUAUUAUAUUCAAUGUUUUGUCAUAGUAAGCGGAGCUUAGAAUAAAAAAAAUGGCGUCGCGUAUCACAGAAUUCUUCGAGUCGCAUGUGCUCGACUGUAUCUCAGCGAAAUGAUUGAAAAACAUCCGCGCGAGCUGAUACGAAGCGCGGACCGUCGUCACACAUGAGCGUGUUUAAAAAGUUGCGUUUUGUUACUGCAAUUGUUUACAUUACUACAAAACUUCUUGGACAGUACUUUGUCAAGAAAAAAAUUAAUGAUAAUCUAUGGAUUUAAGUAGUCUUAUUUGUUACUGGGACUUUUUGGCGGGAACGCGAGGAGUGAAGUUGUGUGAUUUGUUUUAUUUUGUCUAUUUAGUGUUUCUUCAGGUUUAAAUGACUUAUAACGGUGGUUUAUUAACUGUUUAGUAUCUGUGAAAGUGCACAAAUGUGGGAAAAUGAAACAAAGCCGCUGAACGUAACUUCUCGGGAUCCUCCAAAAAAUCCACUGAAAAAGUCUCAGUGAAUGACCACCAUCUUACUGAGAUUAUAUUUCAUCCCAUAUCAUAUCAUCUCAUUUCAUUUAAUUUCAUCCCAGUUGAUUAAUGUCUCAAAUUAAUCAUCUAUAAUUCAUUUCACUCCAUAUUUUCAUUUUUCAUAAAAAUAAGGAUAUCAAUUGAAAUAAGACAUGACCUAAAGGUCUUAUCUACCAGGUCAUAAAACGUCUUAAAAAUAUAUUAUUUUGUAUGGAAUACAAAAGUAUUCCUAAAUGUCUCCUUGAAUUAUGUCCACUUCUCCAAUCACAUCCAUCGUUUCCAGUCAAAGGUUGAUCAAAAGAAAUCCCCUUGACAAAUCCACGGAUUGAACUUUAGUUUUAAGUUUAAUUUUUCACAUUCACGGUACAUUGUCGUUAUUUCGGUGUGUCUAAAUGCAAUGAAGCUGUACUGUAAUGAUGACGAAAUGUAGUCUUCGACGCGGUUCGUUUUGAUCUUAGUAUUUUGUUGUUUUUUUUUUUGUCGAUUCUUUUUUCGCGGCAUUAUAUAAAAUGGAAUUUCGGGAUGCUCUAUGGAGUUUGUUAAGUAGAUGGACCUAUUCUGUUUAAAAAUCACACGUUCCUUUUAGUGUAUGUAGUGGAGUGUACAGAAACACUAUCAGAACCAUAAGAACGUUUGUACAAUGCAAAAGUAUUUCUGAAUGUAUUGAAAUUCAUUUAUUAUUAAACUAGCUUUUGCCCGCGACUUCGUCCGCGUGGAAUAGUUCACAGAUAAUGCUUUAUUUUAGAACAAAUUUGGUUAGCAUAAAAAACGUUAUAGUGAGCCGACCUUAACAUAUAGACGUACGCUGCCGCGGACUUUUUUUUAGAUCUUUUAAAGGAGAACAAUUUUGUCGUACAUUAUUUUAGCGAAACUUUAACCGUAUCUGCAGCGCACGCAGCGGAAGCUCUCAAAACCCGAUUUUGAAACAUUCUUUAUUGGUGCUCCGCUUGUACUGUCUUAGCGUGAUGUUAUAAUAAUAUACCCUAUAGCCUUCUUCAAUAAAUGGACUAUCUAACACUGAAAUAAUUUUUCAAAUCGGACCAGUAGUUCCUGAGAUUAGCGCGUUCAAACAAACAAACUCUUCAGCUUUAUAAUAAUAUUAAUAAAAUAAAAUAAAUAACAGUACAGAUUAAGCUUUAGGUGAAAUUUUGCUAAAACGUCCAAAAAUUCUUCCUGAACUUACUGUGUUUAGGACAAUUCAAUACUGAGACAGUAGAUACACCUAAUCUUAUCACCGUGUAGGAAUAUCGUGUUAUCAGUCAAAGCUUUCGGGUUUUAUCAAAUAAUAAAUUGAAAGAAAUUUAGGCCGCCUGAACGGACUGCAAUUAGGUAUGUUCAUAUUAAAAAUAGCUGGCUUUAAUAGGUGAUGUUAGUAUUCUGAAUACUUCAUAGCUCAUCCGAGGCUGCGAAUUGGUCUCUCGGAAAUUGAGUGACAAAUCGUGACAAAAAUAAGUAUAUAACUUAAUUCCCUAAAUUUUUAAAUAUUCGCCUUAAUAUAUUAUGUAGUAUUAAACGGUAGGCAGCGGCUUGGCUCUGCCCCUGGCAUUGCUGAUGUCCACGAGCGACGGUAACCAGUCACCAUCAGGAGGGCCGUAUGCUUACACGGGAAAUAAAAAAAAUAAAAAAAACUUACACGAAAAUGAAAUUGCGUGGUCUUGUUAAGGAAAAAUUUUUAAUUUUUAAACGAGAAUUUCAAUCACAACAAAUGUAACGAUUUAUAAAAUAAAAAAUCUUUAUUUUUUAACAGUUUAUGUAGGACCAAUUUUAAGAAGUUUACAAACAAAAACCUACAGCGCCAUCUAGUAUACGAUAUAAAAACUUUUCGCGUUUAACGCUUCGGUCGUUGAACUUCCAUUCAAUGUGUGCAGUCCAUAUGUCGCAAAACUUUUACAAAAUGUCAGCUAGAUGGCGUUAGAUGGCACACAGCCUAUCAGUUUUGGCGUCAUUUCAAUCGUCAAAAAUGGCUUUCAACAAACGUAAAAAACAAGAAAUCAUGUAAAAUGAUUUCGAUUAAUAUUAUUUUAACUUUUCAUCGUGCACAAAUCACUUAAUCAUGGUUGCCGGGGCUCUGGCCAAAACAUUAUGUUCGUUCAUAUUCCAUAAAGUCAAAUGCGAAGCCGGGAAAGAUAACGGUUUCGGGAGAAGCUACAUUUGGGCUGGUUCCCUAGAAUCCGGCAUUCAAAUAGCUACUAACCACAAAAAGCCCGUGAUGGUGAUCAUUCACAAAUCUUGGUGCACGGCCUGCAAGAAACUGAAGCCUAAAUUUGCUAGUUCGAUUGACUUACAAAAUCUGAGCAAGCAUUUCGUCAUGAUUAAUUUGGUCGAUGAGGAAGAACCCGCUAGCAGCGCUUUUGCUCCAGAUGGAAAUUACAUACCCAGGAUAAUAUUCCUGUCGCCAGAAGGAUCGGUUGACCAUGACAUCUACAACGAAGACGGGAGCAGCCAACACAAAUAUUUUUACAGCAAACCCGAACAAAUCGUGAAAUCUAUGAGAAAAAUACUCGAAAAAUACAAACACGAACAAUUCGAUGCUUAAAAGAUACCUAAUCCACAUUCGAUGUAUGGAAAAUAUGCAAAUCUUCUAGAAAUAUAUGCGAUUCAUUGACAGCCAGAAUAAAGACCUAUACUAACAUAUCCUAUUCAGUGAGACAAAGUGACUAAUUUUCAAUGAGUGAUUAAGUUUCCGAUAUUAAUUGUGAAGACCAAAUAAAUGUAUCAUAAUAACCACUGAAAUAA